AUGUCAGGUGGUGUUGACUCGAGUGUCUCGGCUGCUCUUUUGAAGCAGCAAGGUUUCAAAGUCCAAGGUAUUUACAUGCGUAACUGGGAUACUUCAGACGAACGAGGCGUCUGUACUUCCCGAGAAGAUUGGGAAGAUGUUCAAAAAGUAUGCCGUAUUCUUGACAUUGAAUGCGAACAUGUUGACUUUGUCAAAGAAUAUUGGAAUGACGUGUUUGAAAAGACAUUAGCUGACUAUGCUCAUGGAUUAACACCUAAUCCAGAUAUUGCCUGUAAUAGCUUUAUUAAAUUUGGCGCAUUGCUUGACAAGAUUCCAAAGAAUACUUGGUUUGCCACAGGUCAUUAUUGCCGAUCUGAGAAUGGAAAAUUGCUGCGGGGACUUGACCGCAACAAGGAUCAAUCUUAUUACUUGUCUACUGUGCCUCAAGAAGCUUUGCAUCGUACUUUAUUCCCUCUAGGCAACUUUGAAUCUAAGCGACACGUCAAAGCACUAGCCACUCAAUUUGGUCUAGAUGCCAUUGCCCGUAAGAAAGAAAGUAUGGGCAUUUGUUUUGUAGGCCAACGAAGAAAAUUUGCAGAAUUUCUUGAGCAGUACAUUGAUCAGCCUCCUGGGCCUGUUGUGAACUUGGAAACAGGUCAAGUGAUUGGCGAGCAUAAUGGCCUUUAUGGUUACACGAUUGGUCAGGCCUCCCGUAUUUGCCAUGGGUCAGAAAAAUGGUUUGUGGCACAAAAGAUCAUGAGCGAAAACAAGUUAGUGGUUGUGCCUGGCUCAAAUCAUCCUGCACUUUUUCACAGUGGAUGCACUGCACGUGACUGGGUCUGGAUUCAUCAUCAACAUCCAACAGAUACAGUCGAAUUGGACGCUCAAGUGAGGUACAGACAAUCACCUGAAAAGGCGAUUCUGUCAGUUGAAAACGGUGUUUACAAAGUGCAUUUCAAACAGCCUAUUAGAGCCAUUGCACGUGGCCAACAAGUAGUUGUUUGGGAUGGAGAUUGGUGUUUAGGAGGAGGUGUCAUAGAUCAAGUUUAUUAA